UCAUCGCUGAUUUUCUUUUCUAGCCGCCAUUCAAAAGAGUGUGUGUCAAGAGAAUUUUGUCAAAAAUUUAAAAGAAAGUGGCCUAAAAGUUAACAACAAGUAUAACACAACUUUAUUGGAAGCAAGCAGACGGCGAAAAUGCCCGAAACGGAGACCAGAAGCACCGGCCAGCGGGGUAGGCCGAGGAAGACAGCCGCUGCGUUGAGAAAGAUUGCACGCGCUUCCAAUGAUGAUGAUGAGAUAGUAGAGCCGAGUAACAAAACGCAGGGGAAGUCGCUUAAAGCGAACGAAGGGGGGCGUGAGCAAAAGCAACAGGAACAGGAAUCGGUAGAUGAUUGUGACACCGUCGAUGAGGAAGCUGAUCUGGGGAAUAACGAGGACGACGACGUGGAGGAGGAAGAAGCGCCCGAUGACAGCAAUGAGACGAGUGAUACCGAGGAGGAGGUGGAGAUGCCAUCCUUUAGCCUGGCCACGCUCGGCCUGCAGCGUGUGGGCACUGUGCAGCCACCGAAACCGAAAACCCAAAAGGUGCACAUACCACCACUCAAUGCACGUGGCAUGCCCGCCCGGAUACGAAAGCGCAAUCCGCUCUUUUACGAUGAGAACAUCAUCAACGAUGACAAACCGUUGCGCGUCAGUUUGGCACCUAAGAAGGCGUCCGCCCGUGGCUCUGGCGACAGUCCCAGCAAAUUGCUGACGACACCUUCAAAAGUGCUCAAGAAGCGCAAGGGCGUCGUUUCACGUUACAUGCGCUCUAAUGAUAGUGCCUCCACCUCAAACUCCAACUCGGGUGCAGAGGCCACUGACAGGCAGAAGAAAACACCGGGCAAGCAGCCAUUAGGCUCGAAUACACCAACAGCUGCUAGCAAGGGGCAUCAGCAGCAGCAGCAGCUGCCACAGCUGGCCGGGCAUCUGCGACCGGGUCGCGGCGCCACAAGCGGAGCAAAGAGCGCUGCGGCUGCUGCAGCUGCGGCCGCUGCUGAGGACGCUGCUAGGAAGGUUGAGGCUCAGGCGGUGGCCAACAAGCGCUUGGGUCAAUCGAUUGGUCUGCGGCUGCGCAACCUUUUGAAGCUGCCCAAGGCCCACAAAUGGGCCAUUGCCGAGUGGUUCUAUUCGUACAUCGAUAAGCCGCUCUUCGAUUGCAAAUACGAUUUCAUGAACAAUGUGAAUGAGUUGGCUCCACGUCUCGGCACACGCAAAUUGAAUCGUCACGAAUGGAUCAACAUUAGGCGACGCAUGGGCCGCCCCAGGCGAUGCUCGGCGGCGUUCUUUAACGAGGAGCGGCGGGAGCUGGAGCGCAAGCGUCAGCUAAUGCGCACACUGCAAUCAUGUAAGUCCGGUGACCUGAAGGACACGCUGCUGGUAGCUGAUAUGCCAGAAAAGAUACCAAUGCCGUUGCCAUUGGGCACCAAGGUGACGGCACGAUUGCGUACGCCGCAGGACGGCAUCUUUGCUGGGACGGUGGCUGCCUAUCAUUCGCUAAAUGCCAUGUAUCGGGUGACCUUCGAGCGGCCAGGAUUGGGCACACAAUCGAUACCGGACUAUGAGAUUGUGUCGGAGAACUUUCACGAGAUGCUGCCGCUGCACAGCUUCACCAAAGACUUUCGGCCCAACUUGAUGAGCAUCUAUCAGACCAAUAAUAUGGGCUAUACCACCAAUCUGGGCUUCACCACCAAUUUGGCCAGCAGCUAUCAGGGCAAACGUCUCCCGCUUGGCGCUGCCGCCGGCAAUCUCAACAGCAGCGGCAACAGCUCCUCUACUCCCCAAAAACAUUUGGUCAACAACAAUGCGGCGGCACGAAAUGCGCUCAGCAUGAAGCUAAAUAAGAGUGAUCCGCUGCUAGGACAGGACGCAAUGGGUGAGAGUCCAAUUAGGAUGCAGCUAGUGCGACAUCAUGGCUAUCCGACAAAGCUACUUGAGCAUUUGGUUUUACUCCAGAACUAUAUUGCUUUAAAGGAGGCAAAGAUUCAGCGGUUAACUGAAAUGAAUGCCAACGCAGAACUAGCAAUGGGUGAGCUGAUGGGCCAGGAAGAUGUCGUUGCCGAUCAUAGUCGCCGCCAGCUGCGCGAUGAUUUUCAACGUCGUUAUGCAUCGAAUAUUAUAACGAUCGAGCGUAUCAAUGGGGAUCUUAUGUACGAGCUGACCAAGGUGCAGGAGCUGUCGAACAGCCUUACACGCAAUCCCAAUGUUCAAGCUAUGAUAUCGCCGACUCUAUUGCGCGAGGAAUGUCGGGCCAAGGCCAGCCAAACUGUCGACGAGAUAAACAAGGGCGUGGUGAAGAGCGAACGUAUGAUUACGCUGCUCAAGAAUUUGACCACAUUGCUGAUUGUCACACAGAAUUUGGACAGUGAUUGGGAGGCGGCCGAAGUGAACAAAGUGCUCGAGGGUUGCAUAGAGGAAGUGCGCAGCAAUCUUGUCUGCAGCGCCAACAGCGAGGUUUUCCAGAAGAGCGUGCAGAUGCGACUUGAUUACAUUGCUCUGACCAUCAAUCGGAACAUUGAAGAGCGCAGCUUUAGUCAAGCAUCCGCUAAGUCACCAAAGUCCCUCAAAUCAGAGUCGGGUAAGACGGGCAGCGGCGCGAAAAGAUCAGCUGCGGACAAGGAUCACAAAGGGAAGAAAUCGGCAAAAGAAGCAAAAGGGAAAGAUGCGAAAUCCAAACAAUUGGAUGAAUCGGACGUGGAGCCAAUGGAUGUCGACAGUGAUCUCGAAGAUGAGCAGAAUGACGAUCAGGCGGAGAAAAAGGGCAAUGAAAAUGAUGGGGAUAAUGCGGAUGCUGAUGUUGAUGCUGAUGCUGAUGCUGAUGCUGAUGCUGUUGCUGAUGAGGAUGCAGAUACAGAGGGAGAUGCUCUGGAGGCGGCAGAUAAGCUCGAAGAAGAUGAUGCAUCUGAAAGAGGAGAUGCUGAUAACACUGAUGAUUGUGCCGAUGACUCGCAAAUAACAAUCGAGUCGAUGAAGGAGUCAGAAGACGAAACUCAAUCGCAUGAUGAAAAGGAUGACGAUAAGGCAGACGAAGAUAUCAUUCAAGAGGUGGGCACUGGCUGCGAGGAGUCCGACUCGCAGGAGGAAGACUACCAAUUUGAAAAAUAAUGAGCAGCCAGGAGCAAGCAGCGAAACGUAGUUGUAUGUACUUCUGUUAAGCCUUAGAUACUUUUUAAACACUUUCCCCCCUCCCUGACCAGC